CCGGGCCAAAGAAGACACUAACAAAAACUCUGGUUUGAUAAGGUCAUCAGUUGCUGCAGGAGCAACCAGCAAAACCAACCUCCUAAGAUUUUCUCCUUCUCUUCCUUUGGUUUUGCGCACUUGGCGAGAAAAGAGGUUAGCCCCAUUCGCAGUUCUCCCCGAUACUCGCUUUCUUAUUUUCCAUCGGCGUCUCACUUGCGCAUUCACUCAAUUCAUUUGCUGUAGAUACAUUUCAAUUUCUCUCAGGUUCAAUGGGGUCCAUACUUCGUGAGUGGGUUGGGUUUCAGCAGUUCCCUGCGGCCACCCAAAGUAAACUCGUGGAAUUGUUUGGCAAAUUAAAGGAAAAGGGUGUGAGCGCUUUGACCAUUCUCGUAAUGGGCAAAGGUGGAGUUGGAAAAUCUUCGACUAUCAAUUCUCUUAUUGGAGAGAGAGUGGUGAAUGUGAAUGCCUUCUCGUCAGAGGUGUCGAGACCUGUAAUGGUUUCACGGACCCGGGCUGGAUUCACAUUAAACAUCGUAGACACUCCGGGCCUUGUGGAGGGUGGCUAUGUCAAUUACCAAGCAUUGGAAUUGAUUAAACGGUUUCUUUUGAACAAGACUAUAGAUGUUCUGCUGUAUGUUGACCGCAUGGAUGCAUAUAGAGUGGAUGACUUGGAUAAGCAGAUAAUAAGUGCCAUUUCUGAUAGUUUUGGGAAAGAAAUAUUGCGUAAAAGUUUGCUUGUCCUCACCCAUGCACAGCUCUGCCCACCAGAUGAUCUCAGUUAUGAUGUUUUUCCGGCUAGAAGAUCGGAGGCUGUCUUAAAGACCAUUCGUGCAGGAUCAAGGAUGAGGGCAAGGGAUUUUAAGGAUUCUGCCAUUCCAGUUGGUUUGGUUGAGAAUAGUGGGAGAUGCAAUAAAAAUGAGAGUGAUGAAAAGAUUCUCCCAAAUGGCAAGGCCUGGAUACCAAGCUUGGUAAAAGAAAUCAUUGGGGUUGCCACCAAUGGGAAUAAAUCCAUUGUUGUUGACAAGAAGUUGCUAGAAGGGUCUGAGUCAAAUGACAGAGGGAAGGUGUUCAUUCCUCUCAUUCUCGGGGUCCAGUGGCUUCUUGUUAAAUGGAUUCAAAGAGCAAUUAGAGAUGAUAUUGCAAAAGGGGGCAAAGCCUUCUGAGUGCUGCUCAAUUCGGUUGCCGUGGAGUGCAUGCUUUUAAAUGGCUAUUUGAUAUUUUCUCUCGCCUUCUCUCUCUACAACUAGAUUCCUUUCAUAUUCUGGUACUUGCAUCCCCUGAAAAUUCCACCCAUGACAGUAUGUCCGAGUUUGGUUUUGUCAGCGACCGAAUAUUAGGAACAAUGGAAUUUUUCUCCCUCAGUUGAGUGUAUUUUUGUCUCGGAGCUUAAUCUAAUUUUCCUUGUAUGGAUUAUUUUCUUCUA